UGUCGACGCUUCCUUCUGUUUGUGUCAUGUCCCUUGCGCUUCCGGCGAGACCAUCUAGCUUCGGCGCCCCUUGCAAGUCCGCAGUUACCUCAGUCUGGCCGCAGAGCCUCAUCGUACCUACCUGAAGCCGUCGCCAGUAAACAGCACCAUGUAGUCAAUUUGCAGACCGGAGGCUUUUCACGCACCACAUUCGAGGACCCAAAUUGCAUUGGAAAUUCACCCCUUCAGCAUUACUACUGUUCUUCUUCUCCAUCCAUUGGCGCAAGCAUAUACCCUCGUGGCCUCUGGCUCGCGCACGCAGUAUUUGUUUCAAUCUAUGACAACCCUCUUCAACAUACUCUCCGAUGCCCGCCUUCGAGACACUACCAGCCGACAUCUUAUUUGAGCUCAGCCUAUUUCUCGACCUUGACGACGUUGUGCAUGUAUCCCAAGCAUGUCGCCAAUAUCGAGCGCUGCUUCUUGACGGUGACGAUAAAUUGGCACGAAAGGUAGUCGAUGCACACCAUCAGUAUACGGACGAAGCUCUGCAAGCACGUCAAGGAAUAACAUCGUACAGAGAAGCUCUGUGUGCUAUUUACGACAGACGAGAUGCCUUUUCCAAUGCGCAGCCUUUCUCAGCUCGAGUCGUCAGUCGAGGAAGCUCAUUUCUUUAUCGACAAGGCGUUCUCUGUGUACAAACAGGUGAUAUUGUCAUCAUCUCAAAUUUGCGCUCUGGCACGCCCGCUGUGCAGAUCAACCUUCGCGAUCUAUAUAAGGAUGAGGAAGUUUAUGACCCCAGUGAUUCCUAUGAAAUGAUGUAUUAUAGCGACGGCAUUCUCGCAAUUCUUGUCACGAACGAAGGUCUCGACUACAACGAACGCUUCAUCCGAUUUCUCAGCACCACUGACAAUAUAAGCAACCCUGAUGACCGGAUUAUGGGUUUCGUGGACCUUGGGCUAAGCAACUCGAAGGUCUUUGUUCGCCAUACAGCAGACUACAUGUAUCUUGGAACACAUAAUGGCCAAGGAAGCGAUGGCCAUCGUAAAUGGGUGAUUAAGGGUUGCUCCAUGGAUUUUGGAGAUUUUGAUGAGCAGGAACCCGAACCCGAGAAACUCCUUCUCGAAGAUUUUCACGGCCAUGACAUCGGAUCCACUGUCGCUUUCGAAAUCCACAACGGCUACUUCUACGCCGUCUCAAACCAAGGCACAUACGAGGUAGAAGAGGUAGAUUGGACGUCUUUCUACCACUGUGUCCGGUUUCCGCUCGAUAAUCCCACCACUGAGGCUAUACAGAAGAAUAAGCGAGUGUACCGGCGCCAGCACGCUGAAGGCGCUAUACACGACUCUUGGACGAACUUGACGCUUCAACACGAUGAAAGAACCAAUGAUCUGUAUAUUGUCGAGUCUAGGCGUGAGUGGGUUGGAGCAUCUUCAAAGCAAGCUAGGACCUUCUACACAUCACGCAUCAGCUUCCCCACACCGGCCUUUACCGAUUCUUCCUGGGAAGUCGACUCUUCAAGAAACAACAUUGCACCACCCCUGCCUCUGCCUGACAACGACAUCCUAACUACUGUCCUCGAGUCGUCACACAGUGCCAACUACAUGCCAACACCCAAGCAGUACAGCUGGACGCGACAUCCCGAGUUUCCCUCCAAAGUGCCUCUCCUACCAAACCCACGGUCAUUCAUCCUCGCAAGAACAAAACUCAGAGCCUACAAUCUCUCAUGUUCUGCCUUCUUGGAUCUCGUCGAAGAUGAACAAUGUUGUCCGAACCGCCCACCGGCUUUGCUGCCAUGCCUCAGACUAAGGAUCGGAAGUCGACGAAUUGCACCAUACGGAUACGAUCUCUUCGGCUACGAAGGUGGAAGGGAAGGGGAUAACUAUACUCUGGCUCAAGAUGGUCCACAUGGCGAGCGAGUACACUUUGAUGACAACACACAGUAUCGCUACACGCCAAUUCGCAUGUGGCCCCCUCCGCCUUCAAAAUGCGCUUGUUCUGCGCGUCUGCAUCGUAUCAUGAGCCCUACCAGCCGACCUAACCUUGGAAUGGGCUCCGGACAGAAGACUAUCACGGCAGUUUGUGAUGAGAGGAGCAUUGUGUACAUGAUCAAACCCAGCAAGCCAUAUAGCUACCACGAUACGGAUAGCGUCGGAAUCGAUCCCGAGCUGGGGACGAUCGUGCUGGUGGACUUUGGUCGCACACCCACACCAAGACGGUUAGAUGGGCCUUUGAAGGAAAUGUUUCGCUGGGAUUGGUUUCCGGACCACAGAAAGAGGUGCAGAGAAGGCACGUGUUAGAAACUAACCUUCAUGAGCUGCUUGAAGUCAGUUGGGCCGGUGGUCAAGCAACCCGAACCGGAGCA